AUGAUAAUCAGAGUUGAUAAAUGUAGCACCUUUGGCAUCAAGAAAGUUUUGACAAAAUCCGUUCAGUACUUACCGAAACUACUAAUUAACAAUGGUCUCAUACCUACUAUCGAAAUGGGAGAAUCUUUUAAAUAUCUAGGAAGAUUCUUUGAUUUUGAUAUGUCCGACCAAGAACACAAAUCUGAACUAAUGUCCCUCAUUGAUGAACUAAUGUCUGAUAUCGACUAUAAAGCUCUACACCCAAAAAACAAAGUUAUUCUAUAUAACCGCUACGUUCUAUCCAAAAUAUCCUGGCAUCUCACUGUUGCACCCCUGUCGAAAACCUGGGUAACGGAAACAAUCAAUUCUGUGAUUAAUCAAUACAUCAGAAAGUGGCUUGAAAUACCCAUUUCUGGAACAUUAAGUAAUAUUUAUCUAACGCAUAACAAAUUCGGUCUGAAUAUCCUCCCUGCAUCGGUCAAAUUUAUCCAAUGUCAAACUGUCCUACGCAACGCUUUAAAAACAUCCCCAAAUGAUUCCAUAAAAGAACUCUGGAAAUCAACUAACAAUCACAUUAAUAUUCAGUACGACAUACAUAAUUCAACAAAGGAAGUUCUCAAGGAUUUUCAUUCUGGACAAGAAGAUAAGCUUCAACACCGUUUAAUUUGUCAAGGUUCAUUUUUCUCGAAUGUUGCAAAGAUUUCCUUUUCAAAGUUAAACACACUUUGGUCUGCCGCUCAAUCAAAACUGCCAAAGAACAUUUUCAACUUCACCGUUCGUUACAUAAAUAACUCUCUUCCUACGCGAAAAAACCUUACAAGAUGGGGUUUAGCGUCAAGUCCCGAAUGUUCCUUUUGUUUGUGCCCUGAAACCCUAUUACACGUGGUAGCCGGCUGCCAAUCGUACCUUCAGCGCUUUACUUGGAGACAUGAUUCUAUUUUAAACUUUCUCGCUGAAACGUUUCAAACAACAAAUCCAUGUCAACUUUAUGCUGACCUAUCCGGCCACAAAAGCCCGUCAAUUAUAACUGGUGACCUAUAUCGACCGGACUUACUCCUAAUUACCCCAAAUGAAGAUCUUUAUGUCGUUGAACUCACUGUCGGGUUUGAAUCUAAUCUACAUAAUAACGUUGAACGCAAAAAGCUAAAUACAGAGAUCUAAUUGAAGAUCAAAGGGGUCACUUUAAUUCUGUUAAAUUUGUAAACCUAUCAAUGAGCUCUCUCGGUGUGUUUGACAAAGAAUGCUUCACCUUUUUAGAAAUGUUGGACACUAUAGGAAUGGAUAAAAAGCAGCAACAUUACUGCAUAAAAAAGAUGACGUCUUCUGCCAUUAGAGCGACGUACUAUAUUUUUUGCUGUCGAAACAAAGAGUGGACAAACCCUGAAUUGUUAAACAUUUAAAUUAAUAACUACAUAUAACAAUAUAUAUAAUCAUAUACCCAUUUUAUUCUUGUUUUUACUGUAAAUAGUACAUAUGUAGUACUCUGUGAUUCAUGUAGCCAAUUGUAAAUUACCUAAGUCAGUAGUGAGAUUUACAAUUGUAUAUAUACGUAAAAAAUUCAAUAAAGUUUUCAUUAUUAUUAUUAUUAUUAUUAUUAUUAUUAUUAUUAUUAUUAUUAUUAUUAUUAUUAUUAUUAUUAUUAUUAUUAUUAUUAUUAUUAUUAUUAUUAUUAUUAUUAUUAUUAUUAUUAUUAUUAUUAUUACAAUCCUCCGAAAAGCUUUAAAAUCUUCUCCUAAUGAAUCAACUAACGACCUGUGGAAAGCAACCAGUAACCAUACUAAUAUCCAAUAUGACGCUUAUAGCUCUGCUAAGGAAGUUCUCAAAGAUUUUCGUUCUGGACACGAAAACAAACUCCUGAACCAAUUAACCAGUCAAGGAUCCUUUUUCUGCAGCGUCACGAAGUUCGCUUUACCUCAGCUUAGCAAGGUGUGGUCCGUCGCCCAAUCAAAGCUCCCGAAAAACAUUUACAACUUUACCAUUCGUUACAUUAACAACUCUCUUCCGACGCGUAAAAACCUAAACAGAUGGGCAAUAUCUUCAAAUUCAGACUGUUCUUUUUGUCUUAGCCCUGAAACAUUACUACACAUAGUAGCUGGAUGUCAGUUUUAUCUCGACCGAUUUACGUGGAGACACAAUUCAGUCCUGAACUUUCUUGCUCAUCAGUUAGAAACUGUUGACGGUUCUACUCUCUACGCCGACCUAAAUGGAUUCAAAAGCCCUUCAAUACUUACUGGUGAUACGUAUCGCCCAGAUUUGUUAUUAUCGUGCUCAAAUGGUUCCUUAUAUGUGGCUGAACUCACCACUGGUUAUGAGACAAACCUCAAAAACAACGUAAAACGGAAGAAGGAUAAAUAUAGAGAAUUAUUGAGACAGCUAGGUAAAAAUUUUAACCAAGUUAAAUUUAUAAACCUCUCCAUCAGCUCUUUAGGUAUUUUUGCAGAAGAAUGUUAUACAUUUUUAGACAUGUUAGAUAGUAUUGGUCUUGACAAAAACCACCAAAUGUACUGCGUUAGGAAAAUGAUGACUAUUGCUAUUAGAACUACAUAUUACAUUUUUUGUUGCCGAAAUAAGGAAUGGGAAAAUCCGGAUUUACUAACAAUUUGA